AUGCUGCGCCUUAAUACAUUCUUGCUGCGCAAGACAAUUCAGGCCUAUCCUGUUCCACCAAAGAUUCGCCACUUCAACCGUCGCUGGAGUGGCUCCCGAACAAACUCAUAUAACCGUCAGUAUUGGCGUGUAGUGAUGAAUGAAAACCAUGCACGCCCAUCUUUCUGGGUCUCUGACUUCCGUCACCGUUAUCUCAUGCGAACAGGAACUGACUACCAGGGGCAAGUGCCAGCCACCCCACAGCCUGGUCUUUACCAGGGUUUUAGAGAUGUCCACAAGCUGCUUGCGAACCAUCCAAAGCCUCAGAGGGAGUCACGUCAUUUACCCGUUUUGCCAAUGACCCCACGUGUCGUCUUUGAACACACCAAUGAGAAAAGAAUUGAUACAUCUAAAAAAAUGCGUAGAGACAGACGGAGGGUGGAGGAGCUCAAAACAGUAGAAUUUUGGGGGUGGUAUAUGAAGCUGCAGCGUGUUCGUGGGCGAUGGUGCCGGGAACAGGGAGUCUCUAGUCGUGGUGUCUACGGUCCCGCCGUGGAUGCGGCUGAGUUAUGGGGCUAA